UGUUUACAAAAAAGUAAUUCAUUUUAAAGUGUUAUUUCUGGUGAUUUAUCAUGCACGGAGAAAUUUUAUAUGCUCUAGUACUUUCAUCGUGUUUUGUGUUAUGUAUUGGUGUUUCACCAUGCACGAAAUAUUUAUAUGUGACGAAUGACUGGCCUGAUGGAUUUGAUGGUUAUCUCGUGUUGCCGGUACAAGAAAACAACAAAAGAUGGCAGGUGCGAGUUAUCUUUAGCCAUCCUAUCCAUACAUUAGACGUUCCAAGUGGUGAGGUUUCUAAACGUAAUACAACAACAUUCGAUAUUGUUAGUCGAGGUUACCAGUAUGUUAAAAAAGGAAUGGUAUUUAAACUGAAACUGACCGUCCACUUUUCUCGAAAUGCGAAAAAUAAAUUUGAACUUAAGUCUAUCACAUUUGGUUCAUUUUCCUGUAAUACAGAAGCUUCACCUAUCCCAGUAUGUGAUGCCAUAGUGCAAAAAGUCGACAACUGGCCCGAUGGUUUUCGCGGAUAUUUGACGAUACCUGUCACCCGUGACUUGUCUAGUUGGACGAUCAUACUAACGUUCAGUCAUCCCCUUAUUACCUUCCAUGCGCCUCAAGGUGUAACGACCAACAUAGAUGCCAUGAAAUCGUUUCGUAUAGUCAGUCAGUCUUAUAAUGGCAGAUUAAAAAAUGGUGUAAUUUUAAAACUCGAAAUUAUUGUUCGUUUUUCACGCGAUGUAAAGCCGCUUUUUAACAUCCAGUCAGUCGGGUUCGAAGGAAAUCAUAUUUGUUCAGGGUAUAAAACUCCUUCAGUGAUGACAACUACAACCACUUCCGCUUCCUGUCAACCCUACCUUCGAUACGUCACUCGUUGGACGACAGGGUAUCAAUUAGAAAUCUUACUACCUGUUACGAGACAGAUUCAGAAUGGUUGGAAACUAACACUGGUAUUUGAUAAAGUCACUUCACCUCUAAAUGGGUCUCAUAUAAGUCAAGGAGACAUUUUAAGUAACAUAAAUCACCGGACGUAUGUGAUAAGAAACAAGUCUUGGAACAAAGUUUUAUACGUUGGUACAUUUGUUUUCCGUCUUCUAGUUCCCCAUGAGAUUGGUAAAGCACCCCAAGUAAUAAGCAUGAAGUUUGACAACCUAAUAUGUCACGAAUAUCGUGUGACCACGAAUCAACCAAUGACAACUCAGUUAUUAACGCGGAAACCACAAACUACGAUAACAACCAAAACCAAGGAAACUACAUAUGUAACAAAAACAAAACUUCCACAAAAAUCAGGACCAACUACCGUUUCUACCACCGCGACAACGCCCUUACAAGGAUGCUCAAAUCUUAAUCACGUCAAUACAACUUGGUUAAGAGGGAUGAAGGGUGAUUUGAUUUUGCCUGUAAAGAAAAACUUAGACGGUUGGAAAAUAACCAUAACAUUCUCAUUUCCAAUAUUCAAUUUUCAGGUUUGGCAGGCAAAACUGUCCUGUGAUUAUAAAAAAAGUAUUUGUGUCCUGACAAAUCACAACUGGAAUAAAUACUUAUACAAAGGAAGCACCUUUUCAUUAGCCUAUGUCAUCGAAUACACUAAGGAAUUCCAACAUCGUCCGCAACCAUUUAAGCAAAUCCGUUUUAUUGAUUCAAUGUGUCAAGAAAACCAACCGACAUUAAGCACAGUCACAACAACUAAUGUUCCAAAUACAUCGACAAAGACAACGAGAACACAACAUUCAAACCCAACAACAAUUACAACAACAGAAGCAGCAACUACAACAACCACAACAGGCGGACCAACUACCGUUUCAACCACCGCGACAACGCCCUUACAAGGAUGCUCAAAUCUUAAUCACAUCAUUACAACUUGGUUAAGAGGGAUGAAUGGUGAUUUGAUUUUGCCUGUAAAGAAAAACUUAGACGGUUGGAAAAUAACCAUAACAUUCUCAUUUCCAAUAUUCAAUUUUCAUGUUUGGCAGGCAAAACUGUCCUGUGAUUAUAAAAAAAGUAUUUGUGUCUUGACAAAUCACAACUGGAAUAAGUACUUAUACAAAGGAACCACCUUUUCAUUAGCCUAUGUCAUCGAAUACACUAAGGAAAUUCAACAUCGUCCGCAACCAUUUAAGCAAAUCCGUUUUAUUGAUUCAAUGUGUCAAGAAAACCAACCGACAUUAAGCGCAGUCACAACAACUAAUGUUCCAAAUAUAUCGACAAAGACAACGAGAACACAACAUUCAAACACAACAACAAUCACAACAACAGAAGAAGUAACUACAACAAACGCAACAGAAACACCAACCGCCAUCACAACAACAGAGGCACCAACUACAUUAAAGGCAACAGAAGCAUCAACCACCAUCACAACAACAGAAGAAGUAACAACAACAACUACAACAGAAGCACCAACCACCAUCACAACAACAGAAGAAGUAACUACAAGAAACGCAACAGAAACACCAACCGCCAUCACAACAACAGAGGCAGCAACUACAUCAAACGCAACAGAAGCAUCAACCACCAUCACAACAACAGAAGAAGCAAUUACAGCAAACGCAACUGAAGCACCAACCACCAUCACAACAACAGAAGAAGUAACUACAACAACUACAAGAGAAGCACCAACCACCAUCACAACAACAGAAGAAGUAACUACAACAAACGCAACAGAAACACCAACCACCAUCACAACAACAGAAGAAGUAACUACAACAACUACAAGAGAAGCACCAACCACCAUCACAACAACAGAAGAAGUAACUACAACAAACGCAACAGAAGCACCAACCACCAUCACAACAACAAAAGAAGUAACUACAACAAACGCAACAGAAACACCAACCCCCAUCACAACAACAGAGGCAGCAACUACAACAACUACAACAGAAGCACCAACCACCAUCACAACAACAGAGGCAGCAACUACAACAACUACAACAGAAGCACCAACAACAAUGACAACAACAGAAGAAAGAACUACAACCAACGCAACAGAAACACCAACCCCCAUUACAACAACUACAACAACUACAACAGAAGCACCAACCACCAUCACAACAACAGAGGCAGCAACUACAACAAACUCAACAGAAGCACCAACCACCAUCACAACAACAGAGGCAGCAACUACAACGCACUCAACAGAAGCACUAACCCCCAUCACAACAACAGAAGAAGUAACUACAACAACUACAACAGAAGCACCAACCACCAUCACAACAACAGAAGCAGCAACUACAACAAACUUAACAGAAGCACCAACCACCAUCACAACAACAGAAGAAGUAACUACAACAACUACAAGAGAAGCACCAACCACCAUCACAACAACAGAAGAAGUAACUACAACAAACGCAACAGAAACACCAACCACCAUCACAACAACAGAGGCAGCAACUACAACGCACUCAACAGAAGCACUAACCCCCAUCACAACAACAGAAGAAGUAACUACAACAACUACAACAGAAGCACCAACCACCAUCACAACAACAGAAGCAGCAACUACAACAAACUCAACAGAAGCACCAACCACCAUCACAACAACAGAAGAAGUAACUACAACAACUACAACAGAAGCACCAACCACCAUCACAACAACAGAAGAAGUAACUACAACAAACGCAACAGAAACACCAACCCCCAUCACAACAACAGAGGCAGCAACUACAACAACUACAACAGAAGCACCAACCACCAUCACAACAACAGAGGCAGCGACUACAACAACUACAACAGAAGCACCAACAACAAUGCCAACAACAGAAGAAAGAACUACAACAACUACAACAGAAGCACCAACCACCAUCACAACAACAGAAGAAGUAACUACAACAAACGCAACAGAAACACCAACCCCCAUCACAACAACAGGGGCAGCAACUACAACAACUACAACAGAAGCACCAACCACCAUCACAACAACAGAAGCAGCAACUACAACAAACUCAACAGAAGCUCCAACCACCAUCACAACAACAGAAAAAGUAACUACAACAACUACAACAGAAGAAACAACCACCAUCACAACAACAGAAGCAGCAACUACAACAAACUCAACAGAAGCACCAACCACCAUCACAACAACAGAAGAAAGAUCUACAACAACUACAACAGAAGCACCAACCACCAUCACAACAACAGAAGCAGCAACUACAAUCAACGCAACAGAAACACCAACCCCCAUCACAACAACAGAAGAAGUAACUACAACAAACGCAACAGAAACACCAACCACCAUCACAACAACAGAAGCAGCAACUACAACAAACUCAACAGAAGCACCAACCACCAUCACAACAACAGAAGAAAGAGCUACAACAACUACAACAGAAGCACCAACAACAAUGACAACAACAGAAGAAGUAACUACAACAAACUCAACAGAAGCUCCAACCACCAUCACAACAACAGAAGAAGUAACUACAACAACUACAACAGAAGCACCAACCACCAUCACAACAACAGAAGAAGUAACUACAACAAACGCAACAGAAACACCAACCCCCAUCACAACAACAGAGGCAGCAAUUACAACAACUACAACAGAAGCACCAACCACCUUCACAACAACAGAAGCAGCAACUACAACAAACUCAACAGAAGCUCCAACCACCAUCACAACAACAGAAGAAGUAACUACAACAACUACAACAGAAGCACCAACCACCAUCACAACAACAGAAGCAGCAACUACAACAACUACAACAGAAGCACCAACAACAAUGACAACAACAGAAGAAAGAACUACAACCAACGCAACAGAAACACCAACCCCCAUUACAACAACUACAACAACUACAACAGAAGCACCAACCACCAUCACAACAACAGAGGCAGCAACUACAACAAACUCAACAGAAGCACCAACCACCAUCACAACAACAGAGGCAGCAACUACAACGCACUCAACAGAAGCACUAACCCCCAUCACAACAACAGAAGAAGUAACUACAACAACUACAACAGAAGCACCAACCACCAUCACAACAACAGAAGCAGCAACUACAACAAACUUAACAGAAGCACCAACCACCAUCACAACAACAGAAGAAGUAACUACAACAACUACAAGAGAAGCACCAACCACCAUCACAACAACAGAAGAAGUAACUACAACAACUACAAGAGAAGCACCAACCACCAUCACAACAACAGAGGCAGCAACUACAACGCACUCAACAGAAGCACUAACCCCCAUCACAACAACAGAAGAAGUAACUACAACAACUACAACAGAAGCACCAACCACCAUCACAACAACAGAAGCAGCAACUACAACAAACUCAACAGAAGCACCAACCACCAUCACAACAACAGAAGAAGUAACUACAACAACUACAACAGAAGCACCAACCACCAUCACAACAACAGAAGAAGUAACUACAACAAACGCAACAGAAACACCAACCCCCAUCACAACAACAGAGGCAGCAACUACAACAACUACAACAGAAGCACCAACCACCAUCACAACAACAGAGGCAGCGACUACAACAACUACAACAGAAGCACCAACAACAAUGCCAACAACAGAAGAAAGAACUACAACAACUACAACAGAAGCACCAACCACCAUCACAACAACAGAAGAAGUAACUACAACAAACGCAACAGAAACACCAACCCCCAUCACAACAAUAGGGGCAGCAACUACAACAACUACAACAGAAGCACCAACCACCAUCACAACAACAGAAGCAGCAACUACAACAAACUCAACAGAAGCUCCAACCACCAUCACAACAACAGAAAAAGUAACUACAACAACUACAACAGAAGAAACAACCACCAUCACAACAACAGAAGCAGCAACUACAACAAACUCAACAGAAGCACCAACCACCAUCACAACAACAGAAGAAAGAUCUACAACAACUACAACAGAAGCACCAACCACCAUCACAACAACAGAAGCAGCAACUACAAUCAACGCAACAGAAACACCAACCCCCAUCACAACAACAGAAGAAGUAACUACAACAAACGCAACAGAAACACCAACCACCAUCACAACAACAGAAGCAGCAACUACAACAAACUCAACAGAAGCACCAACCACCAUCACAACAACAGAAGAAAGAGCUACAACAACUACAACAGAAGCACCAACAACAAUGACAACAACAGAAGAAGUAACUACAACAAACUCAACAGAAGCUCCAACCACCAUCACAACAACAGAAGAAGUAACUACAACAACUACAACAGAAGCACCAACCACCAUCACAACAACAGAAGAAGUAACUACAACAAACGCAACAGAAACACCAACCCCCAUCACAACAACAGAGGCAGCAAUUACAACAACUACAACAGAAGCACCAACCACCUUCACAACAACAGAAGCAGCAACUACAACAAACUCAACAGAAGCUCCAACCACCAUCACAACAACAGAAGAAGUAACUACAACAACUACAACAGAAGCACCAACCACCAUCACAACAACAGAAGCAGCAACUACAACAAACUCAACAGAAGCACCAACCACCAUCACAACAACAGAAGAAAGAACUACAACAACUGCAACAGAAGCACCAACCACCAUCACAACAACAGCAGCAGCAACUACAACCAACGCAACAGAAACACCAACUCCCAUCACAACAACAGAAGAAAGAACUACAACAACUACAACAGAAGCACCAACAACAAUCACAACAACAGAAGCAGCAACUACAACAAACUCAACAGAAACACCAACCGCCAUCACAACAACAGAUGAAAUAACUACAACAACUACUGGUGUGCCUCCUCUUUGUAAAACUAGAUAUAAUUACGGUGAAGUUUUAAAAAAAUCAAUUCGUUUUUUUAAAGCGCAAAGAACCGGGGAUAUUUCAAAUGACAAUACUAUUAAAUGGCAAUUAUCUAGUUUUUUAGGUGAUGGAAAGGAUGUAGGAUUGGAUUUGUCAGGUGGUUACUUUGAUGGUGGUGGAUAUGUGAAGUACGGAUUCCCAUUGGGCGCUUCAUUUUCUUUGCUUUCCUGGGGAGUGUUGUCUUUUAAGGAAAGUUACGAAACGUACGAUCGCUAUAAUGAUGUUCUUAGCUCCAUAAGAUGGGCAUCUGAUUAUUUUGUGAAAUGUCACACAAGUGGGUACACAUUGUAUGGUCAAGUUGGGCGUGGAACCACGGAAAAAGGCUUUUGGGGAAGACCAGAUGAAUUGAAAAUUGCUCGUCCAAGUUUUAAUAUAAACAUUGCAAAUCCUGGUACAGAGUUGGCUUGUGAAACUGCUGCAUUCUUUGCCGCUGCUUCGCUAGUUUUCCUUAAAAACGAUCUCUCUUAUUCUCAGAGGCUACUGGCCCGCGCUUCUUUCCUUUAUGAAUUUGGUAAUACCUACCGUGAGACGUACCAUAACUCUAUUCCUGAUGCAGCGAACUUUUAUCGAAGUCGUUCUGGCUAUGGGGAUGAGCUAGCAUGGUCCGCUCUAUGGUUGUAUAAAGCAACAAACGAUACUGAAUAUUUAUCUGCGGCGGAAAAGCAUUAUAGCGAUUUCCAGUUGAAUUCCUUCUCAGAAGAGUUCUCUUGGGAUCAGAAGAAAAUAGGCGUUAACUUGCUGCUAACUGAACUAACAGGAAAGUACAAAUAUAAGGCUGUUGUUACGAAAUAUUGUGAUUGGCAUGUGAACAAACAAAAGACACCAAAAGGACUUGCCUUUAUCGAAGAAAAGAAUUCGCUGGGACUGGUUGCCAAUACAGCAUUUGCAUGUCUUCAAGCAGCAAGACUCGGCAUAAAACCUUGGAGAUACAAUCACUUUGCACGGUCACAAUUACAUUAUAUGCUUGGGGAUACUGGUCGCAGUUUUGUAGUAGGAUUCGGAGUAAAUCCUCCCCAACAGCCCCAUCAUAGAGCUAGUUCAUGCCCUGAUAAGCCUACCGUGUGUAACUGGGAUACGUACAACGAAAGGAGACCAAAUCACCAUGUUUUGGAAGGCGCACUGGUAAGUGGUCCAGAUCGAAAAGAUCGUUAUACCGAUUUGCGUUCGGAAGCUAUAAAAAACGAAGUUUCAAUCGCGAAUAAUGCAGGUUUCCAAUCCGCUAUUGCCGGAUUGAUUGACCUUGCCUUAAAGGGACACUGUUGUUAGAUUGUAUUCGCCUUAUAUACGAGUUCCUGUGUUUUAAUAUGUUAAUGUUUGGGGUUAUAUUUAUAAGCGGUGUUAUAUUUUUGUUACAAAAUAUUUGUUAUUGACUUAUGGUAAAAAGUUGUAUUGAAAGACUAAUUCAAGUCCCAAUCCAUGUA